GUGUUCGUUCAGCUUUACUCGCGAAGACAUCACUGUUGAGAAUUUUGUCUGAAGAAAAAUUGCUUUAAAAAUUUAUUUUGAGUGAUUACUUUUAUCGCAAAGUGACAAUGAUAUUUGCAUUUUUGCUAUUCACGGCUCUGGCCGCUGCUAUCUACUACUUUUAUCUCUACGGAACGAGGAAUGAGAAUUAUUUUGCGGAGAAGGGCUUGCCAUACGAAAAACCGAGCUUUCUCUUUGGAAACAGCUUAAGGUUGAUCACUAAAAAAAUUUCCGUGUAUGACUUUUUGAAGGAUUUCCCGAAAAUGUACCCAAAGGAAAGGAUUGUCGGAUAUUUUGACUUCCGUGAUCCUGUUGUAGUUGUGCUGGAUCCUGAAAUUCUCAAGCAACUUGCAGUCAAGGAGUUUGAUAGUUUUUCUGAUCAUAAAGUAAUCCUCACCGAUGAUGCUGAUACGUUAUUCUCAAAUUCGCUCUUCGCCCUACAAGGACAGAAAUGGAGGGACAUGAGAGCAACCCUUAGUCCAGCUUUCACAGGAAGCAAAAUGCGUCUCAUGAGUACUCUUAUUGUGGAGAUUUGUGAACAAAUGGUGGAUUAUCUGAAGGAAGAAGUUAAGGCGAAAGGUCCUCAAACAUACGAAGCUAAAGAAUUAUUCUCCAGAUUAACUUCAGAUAUAAUUGGAACGUGUGCUUUUGGUAUAAAAGUUGACUCCCUGAAGGACAAGGAGAAUGAUUUCUUUGUGAAUGCAAAGAAAAUGUUUAGCUUCACUAAUGUUCUAAUGCAAUUUAAAUUUGUACUCUUCAGAGUCUGUCCAAAAUUAAUGAUGGCACUGAAGAUAACACUUUUUCGCGCAGACAGCCGAACUUUUAUGAAGAGUCUUGUCGUAGAUACAAUGAAGGUCAGGGAAGAGAAGAAAAUUGUUCGUCCCGAUAUGAUUCAUCUACUCAUGGAAGCUCAGAAAGGUAAUCUGACUCAUACUACAAAUGAAAAGGACACUGUAAAUUCUGCAGGUUUUGCCACUGUUGAAGAAUCCGAAAUUGGCAAAACUGCUGCGAAAAGAGUAUGGUCAGAGGAUGAAAUUGUCGCUCAGUGCUUCCUCUUCUUCUUGGCUGGAUUUGAUACUUCAUCGACAGUCUUGAGUUUUGCCAUCUACGAAAUUAUGGUUAAUACCGAUGUUCAGGAAAAACUGUUUGAGGAAAUUUCUGAAACAAAUCAAAACUUAGGUGGAAAGCCUCUAAAAUAUGAAACUCUGCAAAAUCUUAAAUAUUUGGAUAUGGUAAUUUCUGAGACUCUCAGAAAAUGGCCAGCAGCCCCAGUUGUUGAUAGAGUCUGCAACAGAGAUUUUACCCUGAAGUACGACAAUAAGGAAUACACAUUUAGGAAGGGUGAUGUCUUCUGGAUUCCAAUGGUUAGUUUCCAUCGUAAUCCUGAAUACUAUCCAGAACCCGAUAAGUUUGAUCCUGAACGCUUCAGUGAUGAAAAUAAAUCAUCAAUUAAUCCUGCAGCGUACGUCCCAUUUGGAGUAGGACCAAGAAACUGCAUUGGCUCUAGAUUUGCUUUGAUGGAACUAAAAUCAAUCUUGUACUAUUUGAUUCUUAAUUUUCGCCUGGAACCAACAAGCAAGACUCAAAUUCCGUUAAAAUUGGCUAAAAAUAUGUUUGGAUUGCAAACUGAGAAUGGAAUUCACGUCUCUUUCCGCCCACGCUAAGGAUUCUUUUAUGAAUUUAAAUUUUGAGUCAAUAUAAAAAGUUUUAAAAAAAUAAUAAUAAAUAAAUAAAAAUAUUUUUGAAUAUUAUUGUAUAAAAUUUAUUUUAAUGAAAAGAUUUUUUACUAGAUUUUAAUAACGAAUUUUCCAAUUAUUAGAACUUUUUUCAUAAUGUAAAAUGUAAAAAUAUUUUUAAAAAAGUACAGGAAAUAAUUAUUUCAGAGCAAUAAAUACUUCUAAAAUUCAAUUUUAUUACUCACAUGCAAUUAAAUCAUUAAAUUCUAAUAAAAACAUGCUGAAACGUC